AGGAAUUAGGAGUCACGUGGUAAUGAAAUAAACCAAAACACAGCUGUUGAAACAUGUCGAAAUUAGGUUAAUUUGCUUCGUUGAUUUGUUAAGUUUAUAUUUUGUGUUUUUUGAUAAUGAAUGAAUAGAAGUCAUUUUAUGUUGAACUAUUCUCAAUGUAAGCAUUAUUUUAAGUCAAUGAUCAAUCAAUUCUUAUUAUAAAGGAUGGUGCUGCGACAGUAGUAUUUAAACUGUGUUUGUGGUAUACUUGGAUUUUUUAGUGUAAAUUUCGUAUUUGGUGUAAAUUCGUAAUAAUGGUUCAAGUUUUAAGCAAAUUGGCCACUACUAAGGUAUCCUGUAUAGAAUAUGUGCACCCUUGGACAAAUAGUUGUCUUGAAGCUUCCUGUGGGGUGUAUUUAUAUUCAAUAAUGAGUUCUUUCAAAAUUUAUUUAACAGUUUAUAUGCUGGGUUUAGUUUUGGGAGGUAAAGUACCAUCACUGAAGCGACUACAAAAAACAUUUAAAUCUAUUCUUCAAUCAACUGCUUUUUUAAGUGGAACAGCUUUGGGGUAUUCACUCUUCUUAUGCUCUUUAAGGAAAAUAUUUGGAGGAUACAACAUUUUAACUGUAUCAGCUUUUCCUGCAUUCCUUUCAAGUGUGUUCGCAAUACAAAUUGAGAAACCUCACAGACGAUUGCUUCUCAGUUUGUAUGUUAGUAAUGUUGCAACUGAAACAUUGUGGAAUAUGGCCUCUGCAAGAAAUUUAGUUAAAUCAAUUAAAUAUGGGGAGGUUGCAAUUUUUAGUCUUGCAAUGUGUAUUCUACUAAUGUAUUUUAAAGGUGGUCAUCACAAAAAGUUAGAGGAUGGUGGUCAACCUGAUAGAAUUUUCAGCAUUUUAGGGUAAGAGAAUAUUUUCUGUGAUACUCUUUUUAUCAAUUGAUUUUAUGUAAGAAAAUAUAUGAAGAGAGAAACAAUUUCAGACCAUACAUUUUUUGUUAAUGAUUGAAAACAAUUUAUUAAUUUUUUGUGGCUAUAAAACGCCUUUAUCAAGGUAAACUAAUAAUUGAUGAUAAAUAUUCUGUAAACUUAGCAUUGGCAAUUGUGAAAAAGCUUUAGAAAAAAACGUCUAUCGAUGAUUAUAUUGU